AUGGGCUAUGCAAGGGGUGAGGAACUCAAGGUCAUCGAGGUAAUUGGUGGUGCAAUCCAGCGCGCGAAUAACAUCGACGGCGAGGCCAAAGAAGCCGAGGUAAUCAAGGUCGAGGAGGACCAUGGGCAGGAUAAUACCGUGGGCGACACCAUCAGGACUUUAGCAGACAACUCACUACUUAGCAUUGCCCCAGGUCAAGCUAAUGAAUUGGAGAAUCACAUGAUCAUGGAUGAUGGCUUAGAGACCAAUGGUAAAGGUGAGUCUAGUGGUAUUAGUUCUUUCGAUACUAAUGAAAAAUCCCCACCCUCCAUUUUCCAAACACCCGUCAAGGAACUGAAGCCGUUGGCCGACCAUGUCAAGUAUGUAUUCCUGGGAAAGGAAAACACACCUCCAGUGAUUAUUUUGAGUAAGCUUACCAAAACUCAAGAAGACGAGCUCGUGAAAGUUCUCCAGUCACACAAGCAAGCGUUGGGGUGGAUUAUCUCAGACAUAAAGAGAAUAAGCCCCUCAAUUUGCACGCAUUGCAUUUUAUGGGAAAUAGAAGCUGAACCUCUUCGUCAACCCCAACAUCGCUUGAACCCGGUGGUGUUGGAUGUCGUGAAAGCUAAGGUCUUGAAGCUUAUGGAGAUGAGUGCAAGCGGCGAGCAUAAGAAACUACGAACUCAAGAACUGGAAGAGAUGAGAAACGAGGCCGAUGAGAGCGCUCAGAUCUACAAGGAGAAGACGAAGGCUUUUCAUGAUAAGAUGAUUUCGAGAAAGCAGUUCAUAGUUGGGCAAAAAGUUCUCAUGUACCAUUCCCGUCUUUGGUUGUUCCCAAGGAAGCUACGAACGAGAGGGGAAGGACAUUUUGAAGUCACCAAGUUCUGUACGCAUGGGUCAAUUCAGAUUCGAAGUCCGUCAAGCUCGAAGGCUUCUGUAGUCAAUGAACAUCGACUUAAGCCAUAUCACGAGAAUUUUCAGCUUGAGCAUGAAGAAAGAAUGGGUCCCCAGGACCCCGUUUAUUCUGAAUAA